AUGGCGGCGCUUCCCGGCACGGUACCCAGGAUGGUGCGGCCGGCUCCGGGGCAGAACUACCCGCGCACGGGGUUUCCCCUGGAAGUGUCGACUCCACUUGGCCAAGGCCGGGUCAAUCAGCUGGGUGGGGUCUUCAUCAAUGGGCGACCCCUCCCAAACCACAUCCGCCACAAGAUUGUCGAGAUGGCCCACCACGGCAUCCGGCCCUGUGUCAUCUCCCGCCAGCUGCGUGUCUCCCACGGCUGCGUCUCCAAGAUCCUCUGCCGCUACCAGGAGACCGGGUCCAUCCGGCCUGGGGCCAUCGGCGGCAGCAAGCCCAGACAGGUGGCGACUCCGGACGUGGAGAAAAAGAUCGAAGAGUACAAGAGGGAAAACCCAGGCAUGUUUAGCUGGGAGAUCCGAGACCGGCUGCUGAAGGACGGGCACUGUGACCGCAGCACCGUGCCCUCAGUGAGUUCGAUUAGCCGAGUGCUCAGAAUCAAGUUCGGGAAGAAGGAGGAGGAGGACGAGGCGGAUAAGAAGGAGGAGGACGGCGAGAAGAAAGCCAAGCACAGCAUCGACGGCAUCCUGGGCGACAAAGGGAACCGUCUGGACGAGGGCUCCGACGUGGAGUCAGAACCCGACCUCCCUCUGAAGCGUAAGCAGCGCCGCAGUCGGACCACGUUCACGGCGGAGCAGCUGGAGGAGCUGGAGAAGGCCUUCGAGAGGACCCACUACCCAGACAUCUACACCCGCGAGGAGCUGGCGCAGCGGACCAAGCUGACCGAGGCGCGGGUGCAGGUCUGGUUCAGUAACCGCCGUGCCCGCUGGCGUAAGCAGGCAGGAGCCAACCAGCUGGCAGCGUUCAACCACCUCCUGCCAGGUGGCUUCCCGCCCACUGGCAUGCCCACGCUGCCCCCCUACCAGCUACCGGACUCCACCUAUCCCACUACUACCAUCUCCCAAGACGGGGGCAGCACCGUGCACCGACCCCAGCCGCUCCCGCCGUCCACCAUGCACCAGGGGGGCCUGGCCGCAGCGGCCGCGGCCGCGGACACCAGCUCUGCCUACGGAGCCCGCCACGGCUUCUCCAGCUAUUCCGACAGCUUCAUGAGCCCGGCGGCCGCCUCCAACCACAUGAACCCCGUCAGCAACGGCCUGUCGCCUCAGGUGAUGAGCAUCCUGAGCAACCCCAGCGCGGUGCCGCCGCAGCCGCAGGCCGACUUCUCCAUCUCGCCGCUGCACGGCGGUCUGGACUCCGCCGCCUCCAUCUCAGCCAGCUGCAGCCAGCGGGCGGACCCCAUCAAGCCGGGAGACAGCCUGCCCACCUCCCAGUCCUACUGCCCGCCCACCUACAGCACGACUGGCUACAGUGUGGACCCCGUGGCCGGCUACCAGUACGGCCAAUACGGCCAGACUGCUGUUGAUUACCUGGCCAAAAACGUGAGCCUGUCCACACAGCGUCGCAUGAAGCUUGGGGAGCACUCGGCUGUGCUGGGACUCCUGCCUGUGGAAACUGGCCAGGCUUACUAG